GUUUUUUGUAUAUGAAUGAAAAACUAGUCGUUUGAGCUUCUACAUAUUUAGAUCGUUAGAUGCCUUUCUGCCCUGUUCUUAGUGUUGUGAUUUCAUUGAAUCGACGCUAGGGAUAGCAUAUCUGGUUUUUAGAUUCUAUAUUAUUUUUUUCACUACCGACAGAGGGACUUAACACCUGUGGUGUGUCCGCGCAGGUAAUACCGCGUAAAGUGAGAUUUUAAGUGUGGAACACUAUUAAAAACAUUAACCAAAGAAGCAUCUUUUGGCCGGCGGGAUCGGGAUACCAAAAAAAACUUGACUAUGGCAGCUACUAGUGUAGUAGUGUUAGACAGAGGAAACAACACCACUUGUACUAUUAAUCUACAUGGUGCUACAGUUGUGUCUUGGAGAGUAAAUAAUCAAGAACAAUUAUUUGUGAGUAAACUAGCAGUAUUUGAUGGAAAAAAAGCAAUCCGAGGAGGAAUACCUUUUGUUUUUCCUCAAUUUGGACCAUGGAGUUUUGGCCCCCAACAUGGUUUUGCUAGAAUUGUUAGAUGGAAUUUAGAAAAAGCUCCUGAAAGACUUCCCAGUGGAGAUGUGGAAGCUGUAUUUUCUAUUAUGGAUACAGAGUACACUAGAACCAUGUGGAAUUAUCCGUUCAGACUGACAUAUAGGCUGAUACUUCGUGAAAAGGAGUUACAUUUUAAUAUUGCUGUAUAUAAUCCGAGUAAGGAGUUAUCAUUCAGUUUUAACAUGUUACUACACACGUAUUUUAAAGUUCCUGAUGUACGACGUUGCCAAAUUACAGGCUUACAAGGCUGCACCUUUAUGGAUAAAACCAGGGAAGGAGCAAUAUAUCAAGAGGCUCGUGAUGUUGUAACAAUUGGAGAAUGGACUGAUAGGAUUUACCAAAAUACUCCCCAAGAACAUAUAAUAACCAAUGUCGUAUCUGGUCGGAAGAUGCGCAUUCAAAAAUAUAAUUUUCCUGAUACUGUGAUUUGGAAUCCAUGGAUAGACCAAGCGAAGGACAUGUCAGAUUUUGGAGAUGACGAGUAUCCAAAUAUGGUUUGUGUAGAAGCGGGGCACGUAUCAAGUCCUGUAAUUCUUUUACCAGGGACAGCAUUUGAAGCUAGCCAAAUUCUACAGGUUAUGUGAAUACAACUAUUGCCAUGUUACUCUCAAGUUUGGUCAGUCAUUUUCAUAUAUUAUUACUAGUAACAUGGAAGUUUUCGUAAGACAUACUGAUGAGAUUUGAUUUAAGAACAGCUUAUUUCAUUAUCAUUUACUUAUGAAGUGUUUAUUCAUAUUUAAAUUAAAUUUUAAAAGUUCAUUAUCAUAAUAAAUUGUAGUACCAGGUAUAUUAAAGUGAUUUGAAUGGUAGUGGUAAAGUGAAUGAAUUUGUUGCUGUCUGCCUAUUAAAGUUAAGUGGUAAAGUAUAUUCUUAUCAAUUUGUGAAAUAAAUUUUGCAAUAAACUUAUAUUUUAUA